AGACGGAAGUGCGUAUAACCCCAGGGACCCAGCCUCCGUGUGCCAGGGCAGAGCAAGGCCAGCUGUGGUUUAACACACUGAAGAAAGGCCUGUUCCUGUGUGAUGGACGGCUGUGGCUGCCUCUGCUGCAAGAGAAAGAGCGUCUGGACUACGUUGAAGAUUACCAAGACCUUUACACCAACUCGGAGACGUUCGACAUCGAGGUGUUUCACAUCCCCUCCCAAGGACUGUUCGCUGCCACAGCCAAUCGCGAGACCAAGCCGGGCUCUGGGAUCUACAAGUGGGUGGAUGGGAAGUUUCAAGUGUAUCAGAACAUCAUCACCUAUGAAGCACGGGCAUGGAAGUUCUUCACUGUGGGCAACAAGAUGUUCCUAGCAGUGGCUAACUCCAAGGGCCAGCCCGGCGGGGAGUGGGAGGAGUCAGUGAUCUACAAGUGGAGCAGCAGGAAGUUAAUGUUCCUACCCUAUCAGACCAUAGAGACACACAGUGCUCUGGACUGGGAGGCCUUCAGCAUACAGGAACAACAUUUCCUGGCUGUGGCCAAUCACAGACGAGGUGACAACAAUCACAACAUCGACAGUGUGAUUUACCGGUGGAACCCGGGCACCAAGGUGUUUGAGGUGAAUCAGACCCUCGAGACGUCUGGGGCCUACGACUGGGAGUUCUUUUCCGUGGGUCCAUACCACUUCCUGGUGGUGGCCAACACCUUCGAUGGAAUAUCCACCAACAUCAACUCCACCAUAUACAUCUGGCUGGGAGGAAUGUUCCGGCCCUUUCAGUACAUCAAGACGGUGGGAGCGACGGACUGGGAGAUGUUCCAGAUWGGGGAUCGGUACUUCCUGGCGGUGGCUAACGGCCAGAAACUGAACGAGAGAGGCCCUAGUCACUACAACAUCAACUCAACCAUCUAUGAACUGAAUAUGAUCACACAGACCUUCAUUAAGUUCCAGGACAUCGUCACAAACAGUGCGGUGGACUGGGAAUUCUUCUCGGUGGGUGAAGAGAAGUUCCUUGUUGUGGCCAAUUCUCACGAUGGAUCCUCGUAUUCUUUAAACAGUGUUAUAUACAGACCCUCCACACCCCAUGCUAUUCCCACCCAGACCCCCUCACACCCCAGACCCCUCACACCCCUCACACCCCAGACCCCUCACACCCCAUGCUAUUUCCCACCCAGACCCCCUCACACCCCAGACCCCUCACACCCCAACCCCUCACACCCCAUGCUAUCCCACCCAGACCCCUCACACCCCAUGCUAUUCCCACCAGACCCCUACACCCCAUGCUAUCCCACCCAGACCCCUCACACCCCAUGCUAUUCCCACCCAGACCCCCUCACACCCCAGACCCCUCACACCCCAGACCCCUCAACACCCAUCUAUCCCACCCAGACCCCUCACACCCCAGACCCCUCACACCCAUGCUAUUCCCACCCAGACCCCUCACACCCCAUGCUAUUCCCACCCCAGACCCUCACACCCCAGAACACCUCACACCCCAUCUUUCACCACCCAGACCCCUCAUACCCCAUGCUAUUCCCACCCAGACCCCUCACACCCCAGACCCCUCACACCCAUGCUAUCCCACCAGACCCUCCACACCCCUCACCCCGCAUUCCCACCCAGACCCCUCACACCCCAUGA